ACUAUAAAUAGAAGUGCUUUGAUCAUACUCGUAAAGUAUAACUUGCUUAAUUCUUUAAAGAUGGCUACGCUAGCUAGAAAGGAAGAAGACGUUUUCCGUCCACUGGCAAACUUUCCUCCUAGUGUUUGGGGUUAUAGUUUUGCUAAAUUUUCCUUUUUAGAUCCUGAAUAUGAACUACAGACCAAAGAAGUGGAACUGCUCAAACAAGAAGUGAACAUUUUAAUGCAGUCUGCAGAAAAGUUAACUGACAAAAUUGAGUUUAUCAACUUAUUAUAUCGUCUUGGUGUGUCUUAUCAUUUUGAAAAUGAAAUUGAAGAACAGUUAAAUCAUAUCUUCAAUAUGCUUCCUGAUCUUCUUGCUGAAAAUGAUUAUGACCUCCACACUCUGGCUCUUCUAUUUCAAGUUCUCAGACAAUAUGGAUACAAGAUGCCUUGUGAUGUGUUUGAAAAAUUCAAGGACAGCGAUGGAGCUUUCAAGAAAACAAUCUGCAGUGAUGUGAAAGGACUCCUUAGUUUAUAUGAAGCCACCUUUCUGAGCGUGCAUGGGGAAGAUAUUUUAGACGAAGCCCUUGUUUUUACAAGGCAAAAUUUGGAAACCUUAGUUGCUCAAUCAAGCCCUCCUCUAGCAGAACGCAUAAGGAAUGCUCUUGUGCGACCAUUCCACCAAGGCAUAGAGAGACUAGAGGCUCGACAAUACAUUUCUUUCUACGAAGGAGAUGAGUCUCGCAAUGAAACUCUCCUCAAAUUUGCAAAGUUGGAUUUCAAUCGAUUGCAACUCUUGUAUAAACAAGAGCUAGCCAUCCUCUCCAGCUGGUGGAAAGACUUGAAUCUUGUAGAGAAGCUUCCUUAUAUAAGAGACAGAAUCGUAGAAGUUUAUCUGUGGGCAAUUGGAGCCCAUUUUGAGCCUGAAUAUGCUCUUGCUCGACUGAUGAUCACCAAGUAUACAAAGAUGGUAUCUGUAGUAGAUGAUACGUAUGAUGCUUAUGGAACAAUUGAUGAACUCCAACGUUUUACAGAUUCAUUUCAGAGAUGCAAUGCUGAUGCUAUUGAUGAGGUGCCAGAAUAUAUGAAAGUUAUUUACAAGAGUCUCUUGAAGCUCUUUGAUGAAACUGAAAGUACUGACGAUGAAGAAAUGUCCUAUAGAACCUCUUAUGCAAAAGAGAGGUUCAAAGAACUUACAAGAGGAUACCUUCUUGAGGCAAAGUGGUUUAAUAAUGGGUAUGUGCCAUCAAUGAGAGACUACAUAGAAAAUGGAUUAAUCACAAGCACUUACAGUGUACUUCCAUCAGCUUCCUUCAUCGGAAUGGAAAAGGUUGUCGGAACCAAGGAGUAUCACUGGUUGGAAACUAAUCCUAAAAUCGUUGUAGCUUCCAAGUUAAUUUGUCGUUUGAUGGACGACGUUACCACUCGAGAGGAUGAGCAAAGGAGAGGACAUUGUGCUUCAAGCGUGGAGUGCUACAUGAAAGAACAUGGAGUAUCAGAAAAGGAAGCAAUAGGAGAAAUUCAGAAAAUGUGUGAAAAUGCAUGGAAGGACAUGAACGAAGCAUGCAUGAAGCCAACUGCUGUCCCAAGGGCUCUUCUCAAGUAUUAUGUAAACCUUGCAAGAGUGAUUGAUUUUGUUUACAAGUACAUGGAUUCCUACACAUAUGCUUCCAGUCUCAAACAGGACAUUUCCUCAUUGUUUCUUGGGCAACUGCCCAUGUAAACAUCCACUGCUGCUUUUCAUCUGGGUCCCUAAUGCCUAAUGGGAUUUAAUUAAAUAGGCUAGAUUUUGUGGAAUUUGUUGUUUGGUGUUUCAAGUUUGGAGUCAUGGUCUUUUUGCUUUGUUUGAAGUUGCUGGUCAGAGUUUCUGAGUUGCUAUGCAUUUGAAUCUUGUAUCAGGUUUUCUUACCUAAUAUGAUUGGAAUAGAUUGAACUUGUUUUA